AUGCAGGAUGUUGCCCACACCGACAACAACUUGGCACCUGAACAGGAAGGUUUGAAGCGCGACCUCCGUCUGCGACACAUGAUCAUGAUCGCUGUCUCCGGUACCAUCGGUACAGGUCUUUUCUUGACCUCCGGAAACACGAUCGCCACUGCCGGACCUGGAGGUGCUUUGCUUGCAUACUCUCUUAUUGGUGUUUGGUUGGUCUUCGUCUGCCAAGCAAUUGGUGAGAUCGCGACCUUGCUCCCUUUGCCCGGCGCCUUUAACGCCUGGGGUGGACGUAUCUUUGACGAGGCCUUCUCUUUCCAGAUGACCUGGAUGUACUUCAUCAACUGGGCCUUGACUAUUCCCGCCGAAUUGUCUGCUGCUGCUGUCAUUAUCUCUUUCUGGCUUCCCGAGGACUCGAAGUUCCCUCCAUGGAUCGUUCCUCUCAUCAUCAUUGUCAUCAUGGUCAUCAUCAAUGUUUCUGGUGUCAAGGCAUACGGUGAGAUCGAGUACUGGCUUUCGAUCUUGAAGGUCUGCACCAUCAUCAUGUUCAUCAUCUGCGGUAUCUUGGUUGAUGCUGGCGCCAUCGGAGGCGUCAAGUACGGCAUGGAUGCCUGGCACAUCGAUGGUGCACCCUUCAAGGGCGGUUUCAUGGCCUUCGUCACAGUCCUGGUCUCUGUCGGUUACGCCUAUGGUGGUUCCGAGAUGACUGGUGUCACUGCUGCCGAGUCUCGCAACCCCCACAAGCAUGUCCCCAAGGCCGUCAACACUGUCUUGGUCCGCAUCGCUUUCUUCUACAUCAUCUCCGUCUUCUUGCUCGGUUCCAUCAUCCGCAACGACGACCCUCAGCUCAAGAACACUUCUCACUCUGCUGCUACUGCCCCCUUCACCAUCGUCUUUGCCAAGGCUGGAAUCAGCGCUGCUGCCAACUACAUGAACGCCGUCGUCUUCACCUCGGUCUUCUCGGCCAUCAACUCUGAUUUCUACGUCGCCACCCGUAUGCUUCUCUCCUUGUCCCGUAACGGCUGGGCCCAUAAGUCGAUCGGUUACACCAACGCGCGCGGUGUCCCCAUGGUUGCCUUGGCCAUCGUCACUGCCUGCUCCUGUUUGUCGUUGAUCACCAUCUUUGUCGGUUCAGGAGUUGUCUUCUCGUGGUUCGUCUCCAUCAUCGGCUCCAUCAUCUUCCAGUCCUGGAUCUUGAUUCUCUUCCUCCACUUCCGUUUCCGCUACUGCUGGAAGAAGCAGGGACGUGCCGUCAACGAGCUCCCUUACGUCUCCUGGGGCUACCCUUACGGCAACAUCUUGGCCACCAUCAUUGGUAUCUGCUGUAUCGUUGCCACCUGCUACCUCUCUGUCAUCAAUCCUCCCCAUCAUCCAGGCGCUGACGCUACCCCAGAGGCGCUCGCGGACUUCAAGAGUGCGCGUGAUGGCUAUGCCCAGGGUCUCUUGGGCGCCUGGUUCCCAUGGUUGUGCUCGGCUUGCUUGUUCUUCGGAUACAAGUUUGUGAAAAAGACAAAGUUGAUUAAGGCUGAGGAGGCUGACCUCGAUACCGGCCGCUUCAUUCCCACCGAGUCCGACUUGAAGGACAUGGAGGUUCGCGGACCUCUCUGGAAGAGAAUCGUCAAGUUCUUGAUCUAG